AUGACAUUCACAUUUGAACGCGCCUUAGAAGCCAACAGAGCCUUAGUGAACCAGCUCUUCUCCAUGCGAGUCGUACAUUACAUUGUUGUUAAAUUUCCCUUGACUCUUAUACUUCUUUUAAUAUCAGGUGAUGUUCACCCGAAUCCAGGAGCAGAAUCAGUUUCAUCAGACAACAUGUCAACAUUAAUGUACACUGAUCUUCUCAAUAGUGGUUUAAGCAUUAUGCACCUUAACAUCCAAAGUCUGAAACCCAAACUAGAUAUUCUUGCAGUUGAAUCUCUCCCUUAUGACAUCAUGGUCCUUACAGAAACAUGGCUAAGCCAUGACGUGAUUAAUGAAGAUGUUCUCAUUCCCGGCUUUAGUCAACCUGUUCGAUGCGAUCGUGGCGAUAGAUUAGGUGGCGGUGUGGCGAUAUACGUACGCCAGAACAUUAACGUUACUCAUCGCCAAGACUUAUCGGUCAAUGGUCUCGAAGCUGUAUGGAUAGAGUUACAUGUAAAUAAUCGUAAACUUCUUUUAGGCGGUAUAUACAGACCUCCUAGUGCUAAUAACAACUAUUGGCAACUUCUAGAACAUAGUAUUGAUCAGGCCUUUAAUGAACCUUGUGAUGAUAUUUUGAUCACCGGCGAUUUCAAUACUGACGUUCUUUCAAAUCCAUCCAACCGAUUGGGCAGAUUUAUGUCAUCAUAUAAUGCACAUCAACUUAUAGAUACUCCUACUCACUUCACAGAACGAUCUUCUUCUCUCAUAGACUUGAUUUUUAUAAAACAUCCCGAUAAUGUUAUUUCUAGUUUUGUUGCCGAUCCUUUUGUUCCAGACCUCGUUCGUUUCCACUGCCCAGUCGCCUGUGUCCUCAAAUUCAACAAACCGAAACAGUCUUGUUUUAAACGCCGACUUUGGCAAUACGACCGUUGUAAUUUUAAUGAUUUUAGGCAAGAACUGGAAACAUGUGACUGGAAUUUUCUAAACAAUAAUGACCUAGAAGCAACAGCUGACAUCAUUUCAGAUAUCAUUACCUCUGCAGCAUCGAAAACAAUUCCAAAUAAAGUAAUAACUGUAAGACCAAAUGAUAUACCUUGGAUGAAUGGCUCAAUUAGAAAAUUAAUACGCAAACGCAACAGAAUCCAUAAAAUAGCGAAAACCUCCAAUGAUCCUACUACCUGGGUUAAUUUUAGUAAAAUAAGAAAUGAGGUUACAAAUCUAAUAAGAAAAUCGAAAUCUGAAUACCUAUCAAAACUCACCGAUAAAAUGAACUGUAAUAAUACAACAGCUAAAGAAUGGUUCAAAUUGGCCAAACAGGUAACCCAAAAGGAUUCCUCAAAAUCUAUGCCGAACUUGGUAAGUGGCAAUGCUCAAGCUUCAAGUGAUAUAGACAAAGCAAACUUAUUAAAUCAAUAUUUCUGUUCCCAGUCAUCCAUAGACGAUACAGGUCACGAGUUACCAAAUAUCCCUGUCAGCAGAUGCUCACUUCAGGACAUAUCUAUAUCAGUCCAAGACGUGAUUGACAGUAUAAAUUCAAUCGACCCCGGAAAGGCAUGUGGCCCAGAUUUGGUCAGUCCCCGUCUUAUUCGGGAGGGAUCCAGUGUUCUUGCUAAACCCCUGUCCAUCUCUACUUCAACAAGCUCCUUCAGCAAUCUUUCUUUCCUUCUUCUUGGAAACUCGCUAAUGUCACGCCAAUAUUCAAGAAGUCCGACCCACCCAAACCGUCUAACUAUCGCCAUGUCUCGCUCUUAA